AUGAAUCGCCUAUAUACCCUAAUUUUUAUUCUUUUUACCUUUCUCUUCGUUACCGCUUUUUCAGAAGAGGAUUUAAUACCUGUCAAACAAGUUACUGCUAAUCUUCUCAAAAUCAGAAAAGUUGGAGACAAUAAAUUAAUUGCAGAAGUUACAUGGGAUGGAACACUUGAAAGAGAUGAUGAACCGGUUAAAACCAAAUUUAGAUGCUUUUCUGAUGCUGUGACUGUUAAAGGUCCUAAGCAUGGUGUAUUUGGUGACCGUAAGGUCAAUUUCGAAUUAAAGGUUCACAAAAAGAAUGUCAAUGUGAAAUGUCGAUUUGGAAUUUUCGAUAUUGACUCUUUCAAGAACAUAAUUAGUUUCCGAACUUAACUCUAGC